AUGGAUCAAGAAGAUAUAUAAUAGUAAUUCUCUUAAGAAAAUUAGAAUAUUUAGUUUGUUAAUACAAAUACUACAUCUAACAUUUUACCCAUCACUGUUUAGAAUUCAGAGUAGCUAAACAUAGAAAAUUAGCAGGAUCCUACAACUCUGUAAGCUGAUAACUAAAAAUAGGUAACAUACUACUUUAGGGAUUCAGACUAAUCUGAAUGGAGUUCAAGUGAAAGUGAGGGAGAAGAUAAUUAAAAUGAAGACAACUUAUAAGAAAAUUAAAUUGAAUAAGAAGAAAAUAAUAUGGAAAAUGAUUAAGCUAAUAAAAAGAAGAAAAAUAAAAAUAAGAAUACCAAAAAAUAUGAUGAAGAUUUUUUUGAAGAAGAGGAUAUUGUAAUUGAUCCUAAAGGUGAAUAAAUGAAAACCAAAAAUGAAGCAAAGCCUUAAAAGUAUGAAAAGUUUGAAUCAGACAUGGAAAGACUUGUAAGAUUUGGAGUUUAAUUUAAAGGAAACGAGGUUUUGGUAGAGCUUGGAUAAAUUAUGACUAUAGUAGAUGACAAGAUCAUUAUUGCUACUAACAAUGAAAUGAGAGAAGCAGAAAAAAGAAUCAUUGUUGACCUCGACAAUAUUAUAUUUAAUGAAUAAAAAAAUAUUAUUGGAAAUGUAGAUGAUGUAUUUGGAAAUAUUAAAAAUCCAUUUUAUUGUGUUAUUAUAGACAAAUACACUGAGGAAAUGAUAGCUUAGAAGAGAUUAUAAGUAGGUUAAAAAGUUUAUAUGAUUGAAGGUUAUAAUAAGUUGUUAAUGAAAGCCUAAUUAGAAUUCCUGUUAAGAUAAAAAGGAUGCGAUGCUUCAAAUAGAUUUGAUGAAGAAGUGCUAAAUGACAAUGAAAUAGAGUAUUCAGAUGAUGAAAUGGAGUCAAAAGCUAAAACUAAAAGAAAUAACAAAGAGAGAAAAUAAGAUUUGGAAGAUGUAGAAGAAGAAGUUAGAAAUGAAGAAAAGCAAAAUCCUAUUAAAUAAAAGAAGAAUAAGAAAAUUAUGGUCAUGAAAAAUGAAAAUGGUGUUUUAAAAAGAAUAUUUUUAAAGCCUUCUGAGUUUGAAAGCUUGAAAAAUAAUCCUAAUAACAAGAUACAGCAGCUUCCAUCAGGAUAUAAUCCAAAUAAAUUCCCUAAAGGUGGUAAUCCAAAUAAUUAAUAGUAAUAAUUCAGUAUUCCAAGUGGAUAAAAUCCUCACUAUUAGAAGCCCAACUAUUAAUAAAAUAAAUAAUAUAGGCCAAAUAAUAAUCCAAAUUAUUAGAAAUAAAACUACUAUUAGAAUUAGCAAAAUUAUUAAGGAUAGCAAUCUUCUUAAAAUUAUUAAUACUAGCAAUAAACUCCAUUUACAAAUUACUAAAACUAAUAACAAUAAUAUGGCUAUCAAAAUUAAUAGCAGUUUAAUCAAAUUCCCUAGCAAUAGUAGUAAUAUUAUCAAAAUAAUGAUUACUAAUAAAAUUAAUAAAAUAAUUAAGACCAAAAUUUCUAAAAUUAAAACAACUAUUAAAACUUUAACAAUAUGUAGCAAUAAUAAUAGCACUACCAAUAAUCACCUUAAAAUUUUCAAUAAAACAAUUAAAUGAAUUGA